GAAACAUCCUGUGAAGUCAUGAGAGCAUCUUGGCAAAUAAACAUUUUUAAGAAUUCAUAGUUUCCAGUAUGAGUCAAGUAAUCAUUGCUGAUAGGUGAAGUUCGAAGUCUGUCCGACAAAGCUCAAGUCUUAUUAUUUUUCAAUUUCAAUAGUGAUAUCUUAACCUAAACGACGACAAAAAUGGAUAAGCCCAAUAGUGCUAUGAUUAUUAAACAACCAACAACAAAUCAAGAGGGCAGAAAAAUUACACAGUAUUUUGUUUCUAUUGUUGCUACUCUGAUGGCGUUCAAUGCGGGAACAAUCCUGGCUUGGACGGCGCCGGCCCUCCCAGUGCUAGAGUCACCCAACUCGCCGCUGAACCGCACCAUUAGUGACUCGGAGGCGUCGUGGAUUGGCUCCCUGGCGGCUGUCGGUGCCCUCUGCGGAGCACUGCCCAGCGGAUACGUGUCUGAGACUUUCGGCAGGAAGCUGCCGCUUCUGGCGCUCGGCAUUCCGUCUGUCAUCUCUUGGGCCAUCAAGCUGCAAGGCACGUCAUUGGAAAUGCUGUAUGCAGCUCGUCUGAUUGGGGGCUUCACCGCUGGAGCUGCAUCCGGCAUAACGCCAAUGUACAUUGGAGAAAUCGCUGAGAGUUCAGUUAGAGGAACGCUUGGCACAUUUUUCCAGUUGAUGCUCACCGUUGGUAUUCUGUAUGUGUACGUGGUUGGAACACUGUUCAGUUACAGUUCACUGCAAGUACUGUGUGGCAUAGUGCCGGUUGUGUUCAUGCUGCUAUUUGUGAAGGCGCCUGACAGCCCGACCUACCUGUUGAAGAAGGGCCGUCGCCAUGAUGCCGAGAAGGCGCUGCGUCUGCUCAGAGGCCCAUCUUAUGACAUACAUGCUGAGCUCAACAACAUUCAGUAUGAAUUGGACAAAGCUUCAAGACAAAAAGUUUCUUUUGCAAAGGCUAUAAUGAAAAAAGCCUCUUUAAAGAGCUUAUUCAUAGCUCUAGGUUUGAUGUUAUUUCAGCAAUUUUCUGGAGUGAAUGCUGUCAUAUUCUAUUCAGUAUCUAUAUUUCAAGCAGCUGGAAGCACUCUAGACCCAUCUAUUUGUACAGUGAUUGUUGGCAUCAUUCAGGUCAUUGUUACUUAUUUCUCAGCAGUUUUGGUGGACAAGGCUGGUAGAAGAAUACUCCUUCUAAUCUCCUCGUCGGUUAUGGCUCUCUGCCUAGGUUGUUUGGGAUAUUAUUUCCAUCUUCAACAAAAAGGUGAAGACGUUAGCAAUAUUGGUAUGAUACCUCUAGUAAGUGUUUGCGUUUUCAUAGUUGUCUUCUCUUUAGGGUUCGGUCCAAUCCCUUGGCUCAUGACAGGUGAGUUAUUUUCUGGUGAUAUCAAAGGCUUUGCCUCAAGUUUGGCAGUUACCCUUAAUUGGACAUCCACAUUUAUACUGACAAAAACCUUCCAAUCAUUCCUCACUACAAUUGGAGCUGAUUGGACAUUUUGGGCUCUAGCUUCAAUAUGCAGUGUAGGAACUGUAUUUGUGUUUUUAUUUGUUAUUGAAACAAAAGGUAAAAGUCUAGAAGAAAUUCAAUGUGAACUGGCAGGGAAACCUUACUUACCCAAUGAUAAUGAUAAACUAUGAAAACUAAAAGUUUAUAAUGAUGCAACAACGUAUUUUUUGUAUUAUUUAUUUAUGUAUUGAUUUUUUACAACUGUUAAUACGAGUGAUUACAAUAAUAGAACAUGAAAAACAGAGUAAAUAAUCUUUUUAGUCUACUUGAUGGUCUUUGAAUAAUUGAAAGAACACGCUUUUCAUGUGAGGUGAACGAAAUUUAAUAAUUUGUAAUUUUUAUCUAAUAAACUGUUAAAACCGUUUGUAAUAAUCAUUUACAAAGCAACUUAAUAUUUGUAUAAUAAUUUCAUGAAUAGUCUUUGCCUGUUAUGGUUUCGAAUGUAAUACCUACAACCAAGAAAUUCAAAAAGUAUUCAUGUCAUUGAUAGAAUGUAAAAUAUAUCAAGGCAACAGUAAAGACUAUUCUUAUCAAUCACCAUCUGUUGUUUUCUAUAAUAAAAUAAAUAAUACGUGAGAGUCUCAAUCCUUA